CUGUGGAUGGAUUAACCAGGUCCUGGCUGAUUCUGCCCUGUGCUGCAAGUAGCUUCCAAUAUUCCCCCGAAACUCCCUACCAGGCACAUGGAGCUGACGGAGACCAACCGUGAUCACUCAGGAGUGCACAAUUUGGCCUUCCAGAAUGACAGUGAUGAUGAUGUGAAUGAUAGAAAUCUGAAAGGCCUUGGAGACAAUUCUCAGAGAAUCAAGAAUUCACAAAAUAAGGAAACAGUGCAUACUAACCAGGGGGAUGAAUACAUCAAUAUUGAGAGUGAUCUGCAUGAAAACAAACGUGCCUCCAUAGACGACGAGCAACCACGCUUGAAAGGGCUUUUAGAAAAAAAAUAUGAUGAAGUCUGUGAAUUUUGCAAGAAACAUAAAACCAGAAUUCAUUAUGUGAUCUAUGGAAUUUUAAUAACAGCAUACUUGGCAGUUGUUAUUGCAGCCUGCAGUUUGAAUUUUCAGAGAGCUUUGCCACUCUUUGUCAUCACUGUCCUAGCCAUCUUCUUCAUCUGCUGGGAUUUUUUAAUAGCGAAGUAUGAAGACAGAAUUUCUGCAUUCUUUUCCUCUGGAGACCGAUAUCUGAAAAAACAGUGGUUUUGGCUGAAAUGGGUGUUGUGUGCAACUCUCAUUAUAACCAUCACCUGCUGGCUCAUCUUUGACACAACAAAACAAGGAUCCCAUCAGCUAAUCUCCUUUGGUGGGCUUGUGAUGUAUGUUCUCCUGAUGCUUAUCUUUUCCAAAUAUCCAACCAGAGUUUCUUGGAGACCUGUAUUUUCAGGAAUAGGAAUGCAGUUUAUUCUUGGGAUUCUUAUUCUGAGGACCAAAGUGGGGUUUGAUCUGUUUAACUGGCUAGGCAUUCAGAUCCAGACUUUUCUGGCGUACUCUGAUACAGGUGCCAAGUUUGUGUUUGGUGACAAAUACACUGAUCAUUUCUUUGCUUUUAAGGUACUGCCAAUUGUGGUUUUCUUCAGUACAGUUAUGUCUAUGCUUUACCACAUUGGAUUCAUGCAGUGGCUUAUUGGAAAGGUUGGUUGGAUAAUGCAUGUCUUCAUGGGGACAACUCCUGUUGAGUCUCUGGUAGCUGCAGGUAACAUAUUUGUGGGACAGACAGAGUCUCCUCUCCUGGUACGGCCCUACUUACCAUACAUCACCAAAUCUGAACUCCAUGCAGUCAUGACAGCAGGAUUCUCAACUAUUGCUGGAAGUGUCUUAGGAGCAUAUAUUUCUUUUGGGGUUUCCUCCUCCCAUCUACUGACUGCUUCUGUCAUGUCAGCACCAGCAUCCUUAGCUGUCUCCAAAUUAUUCUGGCCUGAAACUGAAAAACCUCUGGUAACUCUGAGGAGUGGCAUACAAAUGGCAAAAAGUGAAUCAAAGAAUCUGCUGGAAGCAGCCAGUCAGGGUGCCUCUACCUCCAUCGGGCUGGUAGCAAACAUCGCCGUGAAUGUGAUCUCCUUCCUUGCCCUGCUGAGCUUCCUUGACUCAGCACUUUCUUGGGUGGGCAAUUUGUUUGACUAUCCACAGCUGACCUUUGAGAACAUUUGUGCUUAUGUCUUCAUGCCAUUCUCUUUCAUGAUGGGAGUAGACUGGGAAGACAGUUUUAUUGUUGGUGGACUACUAGGUUACAAAACUUUCUUCAAUGAAUUUUUGGCUUAUGAGCGCCUUUCCAAACUGAUUCAAAAUCGAGAAAAGGGUGGAAGCAUGUACAUUAAUGGUGUGAAACAGUAUAUGUCAGUUCGCUCUGAAGUCAUCGCCACCUAUGCUCUCUGUGGAUUUGCCAACUUCGGCUCCCUGGGACUGGUAAUAGGAGGCCUGACAAGCAUUGCUCCCUCAAAAAAGCAGGAAAUAGCUGAUGGUGCUUUCAGGGCAAUGAUUGCGGGAACUGCAGCCUGUUUCAUGACAGCCUGUGUCGCAGGGAUGCUGACUGUCCCUGGUCUUGAAGUUCCUUGCCACAUCUUAUUAGGAAAUGCUUCCAACUUCACGGAUUUCCCUGCAAACAGCACAGAGCUGGUUGAAUGUUGCAAGCAUCUCUUCAACAGUGCAAAUCAUUCAGAGGAGAUCUUUCCUGGAGGAAACUACAGUCUGAAUUCCUGGAAAGUGUGUUGCCAAAUACCGAGUCAACCUGCUUUUCAUUGCCCUUAGGUUAAGUUUUCAUUUUUUUGACAGCAUAAAUCAUAUAUGAACUGUGUUCCAUGGAAGAAAGGAAAUAAAGAAUUUCCUUUGCUACAAGUGUGAAUUUUCCCCAUGCAAUCUCUUACCAGCCCAAUUCCUCUGACUUGCUCAGAAUUAUUUAUAAAUUAAACAAGGAUAAAGAGAAGAUACGUCUUGCUGCAGAAGAACAUUUCUAAGCCUGAUUCUCCCACCCUGAAACUAACUAAUUUAACUAACUAAUUUUCAAGAUUAAACUGCUAUAGGCAUGGAGAAAAUCAGAUUCAGAAGAUUUGGCUGCCACUUACAAAAAGCUAUGAACUAGAAAUAAUAUUUGGAGUUGCCAUCAAUUUCUAAUAGUAUUUCUGCCCUUUUUGAUGGCAAAGAAGUCUUUAUUGCAUAAAGAGAAAUGACUACUCAGAAAUCUGCAUUUUCUGCAGAGAUAGCUAUAUUUAUACACACACACACACACACACACAUAUAUAUAUACACACACAUAUAUAAAUACAUACAUAUAUAUAUUCCUACCUAUAUCUAGGUAGCUAUAGCUGCAAAUGAACUGAUCUGAAAACCUGUUCUACCUCAUCAGCUUUGCCAUUGAAACACCCAGCCUGGGGGCUAGCCACUCUAUGCCACAGCCUACCUCCUCCUCUUGCCCACAGGAGAGUGCAGGAGGUUGGUCCCUAUUUAGAGUUAACUCAUAUGAAUGAAAAUGUCCAGCAUCCCAAGUAAAGUUUCCUGUAUUCUUCUAAACCUAUGUUUUUAACCGCUGAAAAUUGAUCCUGGAGUCAUCAAACAGGAACCUUUACACACAUUUGACCAUUAUCAAAUGCUGGAAGAAUCAGGUCCAUACCAUGACUAUUCCCUGUCAAGCAAAUUUAAGGUAGGAGACCUCUACAGGAGGUAGAAAAGAAGAAGAAGAAAGUAUAUUAUAAUUUUAAGCUUCAGAACUUUCAUGGACUCAAAAACUGAUAAAUUCUGUGAAGAAAUAGGGAGAGAUAGAGAUGGAGAGAGAGCGAUUGCUAUCCUAUGACAUCAUUAAUGCUAAAGACUUGGGAAAAAAGGUCAGAAUUAAAGUACAGGAACAUCAGAAAAUUCUGACAUGUUCUGCAAAUAAAAAUUGUGCAGAUGGUCUAUUCAGGUAAAGCAAUUACUAACUUUUCAAUCUUCCAAUAAUUGCUGCAGAAUCUUUUCCAGGAAAUCCAAGUUCAUUAACUUAGACAGCUGCCAGUACAGCUAUUUCCAGGGGUUAUUUAUUUGAACUUACUGUGAAAGUGCUAGCUUCCUGUAAAGCUCAGUUUAUUAACUUAAUCUCCAGAAAAGUUAUAAAUGUCAGUAUUGCUAGUACUUGUGGAGUUUUACCUCUGCUUUUAUAUUGCUAGGUGUUUUUCUUUGGUCUCAUCCACCUAGGUUUAGGAGACUGUAUGUCAUCUUCCAUUUUCAGUGAUUUUAAAGGAUGUUGAUAAUUCUGAUUAGUCCAAAUAUGUGAUCAUACAUUUAAUAUGAACCCAACCUAAAGAAAAUGCAUGGAUUUGAUCCAGCAUGCUGGUUAUAGCAGGGGUUAGAUUUCAAAUAAGUUCAGAGCCUGAAAUAAAUAUAUUAUU